UCUUUGACUGCAACAAGAUGCCUUAGUUAUCAAAGUUACAACAGAGAUUAAAGAAACAUAAAUAACUUGGUUAAACCGAAGGGCCUAAAAAAACUGUUUAUCAUGGAAGAAUGCAGCAAAAGAGUGUCACCCUUUGUGUUGAUCUGCUCUCUCAUAAUCCACACAACAAUUGCCGCAAACGACACCAUUAAGCUUUCCGAGAGCAUUAGAGAUGGCGAAACAGUGGUGUCAUCAGGUGGGAUGUUCGAACUCGGAUUCUUCUCUCCCCAAAACUCGAGCAAUCGUUACGUGGGCAUCUGGUACAAGACCAUACCUGUUCAGACAGUGGUUUGGGUUGCCAAUAGAGAAGCUCCACUCACAAAUAAAACCGGCGUCUUAACAGUGACGGAGCCCGGAAUUCUGUCGCUUCUCAGCGACGCCAACGGCCUCAUAUGGUCCACCAACAGAUCACGAAGCGUGCAGAAUCCAAUUGCACGGCUGCUGGAUUCAGGGAAUCUUGUGGUGAAGGAUGCAGACGAUGAUGAUUACCUAUGGCAGAGCUUCGACUAUCCAUGCGACACGUUUCUCCCCGGCAUGAGCUUAGGAUGGAACUACACGAGCGGGGUGGAGAGCUACAUCUCUUCGUGGCGGAGCGAGAGCGACCCUGCCCCGGGGAGGUACACAGCCCACCUGGAUCCCACUGGAUACCCGCAGAUGCUGAUCAAGGAAGGCGAUGCUAUCAAAAACAGGAUGGGGCCGUGGAAUGGUGUUAGAUUGAGUGGUGCACCAGAUAUAAGCAAUGAUCCAAUGUAUAUUCUGUCGUUGGUGAGGACUAAUGAUGUGGUCAAGUACAAGGAAGACACUCGCGAUCAAUCAGCGAUUUCCAGGUCUGUUGUCACAAUCGAUGGUGACUCAGGCCGCUGGAUUUGGAACAGUCAGGAGCAGAUCUGGACUGUUUACAGAAGAACCGUCACGGAUCCUUGCGAUGCUUACAAUUCUUGCGGUCCCAAUGGGUAUUGCGAUGGGAACUCGCCCUUCUGUCGCUGCCUCGACAGAUUUGAGCCUCGAGAUAAACAGAGUUGGGACAGAGAAGAGUGGUUGGGUGGGUGUGUUAGAAGGGUGGAUUUGAACUGUUCUGAUGAUGUGUUUUUGAAUUAUUCCGGGAUCAAAUUGCCAGAUUCUACAAACUCUACAAUCAGAGAUGACAACAUUACACUCCAAGAAUGUGAAGCGCAAUGCAAGAGGAGCUGCUCUUGCACGGCAUAUACACGGUUGGAUAUAAAAGAGGAAGGGAGAGGAUGCUUGUUUUACCAUGGGGAAUUGGUAGAUAUCAGAAUUUUACUUACAGGAGGCCAGGAUCUUUACAUCAGAUUGGCUUCUUCAGAAUAUGCUGUGUUUACAGGACAAGUUUCAGACCAAAAUGGGAAGAAGAGAGCCAUAAUCAUAGCGAGUUUGGCAUCAGUAACAGGAGUGAUUCUUGUGUGCUUAAGCAUCUUUUGGAUUAUAACACGAAAGAGGAACAAGGAGGCGAUUGUGACACAAGAAGCUGCAGGGCAAUCUGGUGCAGAUCAUGUUAAAGAAGGAGAGCUGCCAUUCUUCAGCUUCUCCACAAUCUUGAAAGCUACUGAUCAUUUUCCUUCAAAGAACAAGCUCGGUGAAGGUGGAUUCGGACCUGUUUACAAGGGCAAGCUAGAAGACGGACAGGAAAUAGCAGUAAAACGUCUCGCAAAAACCUCAUCACAAGGAGUUGAUGAGCUGAAGAAUGAAGUAAUGUUGAUAGCCAAACUUCAGCAUCGCAAUCUGGUGAGGACGUUAGGGUUCUGCGCUGAAGGAGAGGAGAACAUGUUGAUCUAUGAAUACAUGCCUAAUCAUAGCCUCGACUUGAUUUUAUUUGAUCAAACAAAGAGUAUGUCACUUGACUGGCGGAAACGGUUCCACAUUAUCAACGGAAUUGCAAAGGGGCUGUUGUAUCUUCAUCAAGAUUCGAGAUUAAGAAUCAUCCAUCGCGACCUCAAAGCUAGCAACAUUCUGCUCGAUGCAGACAUGAAUCCGAAGAUAUCAGACUUUGGACUAGCUAGGAGUUUCGGAGGGAACGAGACAGAAGCUCAGACACGCAGAGUUGUGGGAACAUAUGGAUACAUGGCUCCAGAAUACGCGACAGACGGGCUCUUCUCAGUGAAAUCCGACGUGUUCAGCUUCGGCGUGCUCAUGCUAGAAAUAGUGAGCGGAAAGAAGAACAGAGGAUUCUUCGUCAAAGAUGAUAAUCUCAACCUUCUUGGAAACGCGUGGAGGCAUUAUAGGCAAGGGGAGUCGAUCAAACUAGUGGAUCCGGCUCUAGGAGAGGCGUUCGAGGCGGCGCAAGUGGUGCGGUCGAUUAAUGUGGGGUUACUGUGCGUGCAAAAUUGUGUUGAAGAUAGGCCAAACAUGUCUGCAGUGAUAUUUAUGCUGGGAAAUGAAGUUGCAUUGCCUCAGGCUAAGCAGCCUGGAUUCUUUACUGAGAAAGAUGUUUUUGCAGACCGCAGCUUUAGUAGCUCAAAUGCAGCAAAUUCACAGAAUCAAAUAACAAUUACAAUGCCAGAGGGACUAAAUAAACAUAAGUUGGUUAAACCGAAAGGCCUAACAACUGUUAUCAUGGAAGAAUGCAGAAAAACAUUAUCAUCCUUUGUGUUGAUCUGCUCCCUCUUAAUCCGCACAAUAAGUGGCGCAAACGACACCAUUAACCUUUCCGAAAGCAUUAGAGAUGACGAAACACUGGUUUCAUCAGGUGGGAUGUUCGCGCUCGGAUUCUUCAGCCCAGGAACCUCUACGAACAGGUACUUGGGCAUAUGGUACAACCAAAUACCAAAUCAGACAGUGGUUUGGGUUGCCAACAGAGAAGCUCCACUCACAAAUAAAACCGGCGUCUUAACAGUGACGGAGCCUGGAAUUUUGUCGCUUCUCAACGAAACCAACAGCUCAAUAUGGUCCACCAACAGAUCACGAAGCGUGCAGAAUCCAACCGCACAGUUGCUGGAUUCAGGGAAUCUUGUGGUGAAGGAUGCAGACAAUGAUGAUUACCUAUGGCAGAGCUUUGACUAUCCAUGCGACACGUUUCUCACCGGCAUGAGCUUAGGAUGGAACUACACGAGCGGGGUGGAGAGCUACAUCUCUUCAUGGAGGAGUGACAGCGACCCUGCCCCGGGGAGGUACUCAGCCCACCUCGAUCCCACUGGAUACCCGCAGUUGCUGGUCAAGGAAGGUGAUACUAUCAAAAACAGGCUGGGGCCAUGGAAUGGGGUUUCGUUGAGUGGAGCGCCAGAUUUAAUCAGUAAUUCUGUGUAUAAUAUAUCGAUAGAGAUGAGUAAUGAUGUGGUGAAGUACAGGGUAGCCACUCUUGAUCCAUCAGUUAUUUGGAGGACUGUUGUGACAAGCGAUGGCAUUUCAAGCCGCAGGAUUUGGAGCACUCAAGCCCACGUCUGGACUGCUUACACAAGAACAAUUACAGAUUCUUGCGAUAUUUACAAUUCUUGCGGUCCCAAUGGGUAUUGCGACGGGAACUCAGUAUCGUGUCGAUGCCUAGAUAGGUUUGAGCCUAGAAAUAAACAGAGUUGGGACAGAGCAGAGUGGUGGGGUGGGUGUGUUAGAAGGGCGGAUUUGAACUGUUCCGACGAUGUGUUUUUGAGUUAUUCAAAGAUUAAAUUGCCAGAUGCAAGAAACUCUACAAUCAGAGAUGAGAACAUUUUGCUCCAAGAGUGUGAAGCAGAAUGCAAGAGGAACUGUUCUUGCACGGCCUAUACGCGGUUGGAUAUUAGAGGAGAGGGGAGAGGCUGCUUGUUUUACUAUGGGGAAUUGAUUGAUAUCAGAACUUUGAUUACAGGAUGGCAGAAUCUUUACAUCAGAUUGGCUUCUUCAGAAUCUGCUGCAGGGGAAGUUUCAGACAAUAAUGGGAGGAAGAGAGCAAUAAUCAUAUCGAGUUUGACAUCCAUAAUGGGAUUGAUUCUUGUGUGCUUAAGCCUCUAUCUGAUUAUAAAGCGAAAGAGAAAGGAGGCGAUUGCGACACACGAAGCUGUAGAGCCAUUUAGUGAAAAUCGUGUUAAAGAAGCAGAACUGCCAAUCUUCAGCUUCUCAACAAUCUUGAAAGCUACCGAACAUUUUCCUUCAAAGAACAAGCUCGGUGAAGGUGGAUGUGGACCUGUUUACAGGGGCAAGCUGGAAGACGGACAGGAAAUAGCAGUAAAACGUCUCUCAAAAACCUCAACACAAGGAGUUGAUGAGCUCAAGAAUGAAGUAAUGUUGAUAGCCAAACUUCAGCAUCGCAAUCUCGUGAGGACGUUAGGGUUCUGUGCUGAAGGAGAGGAGAGCAUGUUGAUCUAUGAAUACAUGCCUAAUCAUAGCCUCGACUUGAUUUUAUUUGAUCAAACAAAGAGAAUGUCACUAGACUGGCGGAAACGGUUCCACAUUAUCAACGGAAUCGCAAAGGGGCUGUUGUAUCUUCAUCAAGAUUCGAGAUUAAGAAUCAUCCACCGCGACCUCAAAGCUAGCAACAUACUGCUUGACGCAGACAUGAAUCCAAAGAUAUCAGACUUUGGAUUAGCGAGGAGUUUUGGAGGGAAUGAAACUGAAGCUCGAACGCGCAGAGUUGUGGGAACAUAUGGAUACAUGGCUCCAGAAUACGCGGCAGAUGGGCUGUUCUCAAUCAAAUCCGACGUGUUCAGCUUCGGUGUGCUGGUGCUAGAAAUUGUGAGCGGGAAGAGGAACAGAGGAUUCUUCGUCAAAGAUGAUAAUCUCAACCUUCUUGGACACGCGUGGAGGCAUUAUAAACAAGGCGACUCCAUCAAACUAGUGGAUCCAGCUCUAGGCGAGGCGUUUGAUGCGGCGCAGGUGGUGCGGUCGAUUAAUGUGGGGCUGUUGUGCGUGCAGAAUUAUGUUGAAGAUAGGCCAAACAUGUCUGCGGUGGUAUUUAUGCUGGGAAAUGAAGUUGCAUUACCUCAGGCUAAGCAGCCUGGUUUCAUGGCAGAGAGAGAUCUUUUAGCUUACCGUAGAUAUAGUAGCUCGAAUGCAACAAAUUCACAGAAUCAGAUUACAAUUACAAUGGCAGAGGGUAGGUAGAUUGGAACAGUCGCAAAAAUAUCCUUGUGAAUUUUCUAUAGAAAUAUAUUUCUC